AUGUCUCCCAGACCACCAAGCAUCGAGUCUUACGGUCAGAACCAGGGCCGCACCAAGGAGGAGAACCAGGAACGUGCCUUUAUUGCAGCCUCCAGGCGCAAAGACCGCAGCUUGGAUGCUCGCAUUGAGUCCGCCAAUCGGGCUUCGAUGCUACACAAGAAGCGCACCGGGAGGGCUCUCAUGAUCAACCGCGAGGUCGUUGAGAAUGAAUCAAUGUAUGAGGAGAUUGACGACACUUAUCGCGCAAAGAUGCUUCAAUACAUGCGUGUCCAUAAUGCGCAGCUGAACCAUGACUUUGACAACUCACUUCUCGCUGGCGUGUCCGCUGCUUCGCAGAGAAGCGAGAUGCUCGCUCCACUACACACCGGACCUUCAUACAGUCUGCAGCACUCAUCGCACUCCGGCCUGCAGAUGCCUAGUACUUCACAGAGCUCGAGUCUACCCAGCCCUUCGCUUUCGCAGGAGUCUACUUCCCAUAGUCCGAGAAUGCCAAACGCUUCACAAAACCAGCGGGCUCAGAACCGGCCAAUCUCCAGCCGACGCAACAGUCAUCAUCGGGCAUCCAGCGUUGCACCCACUGGGCCCAUCCAUGGCGCUCGGAGGCUGACUAUAGAUCUCUCUCACCUGCGCAACACCAUCCCUGGACCAAGCACUGAGCCGGGCAAAUUCAGCUCCAAUGCCUUCUCGACUCCGGGGGUCAACUUCUCACCGCCGUACAUGACCCCAGCUGAGGCCCCCAAUCAAGCCCAGGUGCCAUCCUACGUUAUUACGGAGCCUAGCUUGACCAUGCGUCCACAGCUACAGCAGCAACAGCAGCAACAGCAGCUAAUGCAGACCUGGCAAAAUCUCUUCCCUCGCCAUGCCAUGUCCGACUCGACAUCCAUGGGUGGCCUGCCUGUUAUUGGAGAGCUGCCGAGUCAGUUCCGCAACCGCAUUGCGUCUGCUCCUACGUUGCCCGCCCAAACUAUAGCACAAGCACAAGCACAAGCACAAGCACAAGCCCAGGCUCAGGAUCAGGCUGCGACUCCAGCUCCACCUCAGACUGCUACCCCAGCACCAGGCCCCAACGCCAUCCCCGGAACGAACCAGCAUCACCGAGUGCGGUCAGAACCGGGGCCGGCUCCCAUAACUGUUUCCACUUCGACCUCCUCCCCUUCCUCGUCGAUGUCUUUACACACAGGAUUUCACCCAAACAACAAUCCAUCAUUCUCGGACCCUAGCUCCUCCAUCGAGUUGCUGCCUACACCGCGGAGCACGCCGCCUCAUACUCCGGCUUCUUCCCAAGCCUCCAACCCGCGCAUGAACAUGAGCAUGGGCGACCUGGACAUGACCGAGAUGGACCCAUUCAAACACACGUUGUCUGAGCUACAGGGCUUCGAUGCAGGUCUCCAACUCAGCUUAGAAUUACCAGGGCAGGGGAUGGCUGAGAGUGCAGAUCAGGAUUUCCUCGACUUUAGCCAAUUUGCCUCCACUCUUGACCAGAACCAUCUUGAUCCGAACCAUUACCCGACCAUGUCCCAUUGGCAGGUACCGACGGGCCCUGGUGAUGGUACUCCUGCAGAUACUACUGGCUUCUCUGGCAACUUGGAUAUGAAAGAGUACAUUACUAACAUGUGA